UCCGGUAGAUGCGACAAAUUUACCGGGACCAUCGGGGAUGGGAAAAUCGUAUUUUUCACCUCACGUUAUACGUCCGGAACCAAAGGCGAGCAAAAGCAUGAACACACAAAAGAAAAGAAACAUUUCCAGCAAUGGUAAGGCAUCAAAUAUUGGCAAAGGCAGGCAGAAGAAAAAGGUAAAUUUAAGGGCCCCGUGAAGCAGCUCUGAUGAAGAUGACACGGAACCAUUUUGUGGAGAGCCUUACUCGAAUUCUCUUCCGUGAAAAAAAUGGGUUCGGUGUACCAAGUGCAAAUGUAGGGCUCAUAUAGAGUGCACAGAUGAAGAAGAGAAUAUCUGUUGAUUUUUAUUUGUAUUUACAAAUGUUUGUAUUUUUCUAUAGAACAAAUGUAGAAUAAAAACAACAGAAAACCGAAGUUAGACGUUUGCUUUAAAAAAUAAUAAAAUUAAUGAAUAAAAAUGCCACAACCUACCGUUGUCAUGGAGACGUCGCGUAAACAACGUCAUAAAGAACAAAAUGUCGUUAAACGCUGAGACGGUCGUCGCUCACGGAAUUUUAACGUACGACAAGGCCGAAACGGAUUCGCUAUUUUCCUCCGAAGCAUUGGAAGAAAAAGUCGUCCAAAUACAAACGCCCGAAUCGGAGACCUUACUUGAAGGACGAGAUUACACUGAGGAAGAUCUGCAAACUCUGGUCGGCCAUCUCAAAGAUUUAACGGUUUUAUGCUACCUGAAGGACAGCGACUGGACCGACGAAUGUGACACAACCAUUAGAUAUUGGUUUACUGAACCCUCGGAGCCGCUCUUGAUGGUUUAUUUCGAUAACGACAAACUCAUUUGCGACACCUGCGUCCCGAGGGUCCCCAUCAUAGACGCUACCUACUUUUUGAGGGAACCAGGUUUUAUUUUUGAGCCCGCGACUUUCCAUGACAAAGUGAUUUUCGGCACCAUCGACGGCAAUAUAGACGGGUCGAUAUUAAAAAUAAUUGAGAACGCUUUUGCCCCCGUUUUGCUCAUUUCGCAGAGCUGGCCUGACAGUGUCAAAAACGAGUUUGCUAACUCGCUGCACAUGUUCCUAGCAAAAUUAACUGACCUCCAUUACAAAAUUCUCGGCUUAACGGUACUUUACGUACCCCGUACUAUAGCUGAGUAUCCGGUGGACGAGGCCAUAGCCGAUAAGGAAUUGGUGAAGCGAUUAGAAGGCCUGGUGGUUUAUUGGACGAAGCAGAUCCGGAUAAGCCUGCAAGAUCAAGAGCAAAGGACGUCGGAACAAGGGAUCUGCCCAAUCGACGAGUUUAAUUUUUGGAAAAGCCACUACAAAAACCUCUUGGGUCUCGACCAUCAGCUCGACAACGUCAGGAUCAAACAUGUCUGCGACAUCCUCACCGCAGUGCAGUCGACGUAUGUGAGACAGUUUAAAGUGCUUCUAGAAGAAAUACUUCGCAACGUCAACGAGUGCAAGUCCAACAUUGAAUAUCUGAACGUUUUAGUAGAACCGUGCCAGAUUUUAGCAGAAACAAGUGACCCGGUAGAACUAGCCGCACAACUUCCGAAAAUUCUGCACUUGAUCCGCUUCGUCUGGAUCAACAGUCCGUAUUACAAUACGGACGAAAAGAUCACCAGUCUGCUUAGGGCGCUUAGUAACCAAGUGAUCCUGCAAUGCACAGAGUACAUAGAUUUGGAUCUAAUGUUCGAAAAAAAAGCCACGAGAAAAUCGAUCGCAAUGUUCGACACUUGUAUCGAAUGCAUGACGAACUACAUAAAGGCGUACGUGUUGGUAUGCGACAGUCACAAGCAAUUUGGCAGUCACCCGUGGGACAUCGACAAGGCGCCGAUUUUCAAUCAUGUUGACUCUUUCAUCCAACGUUGCAACGAUAUGAUCGAGGUUUGCGAGGCAAUGAUCGUGUUUGGCAGGUACGACGAGACCGAAAAAAUCCCGAAACCCCUCUUUGGUACCUCAAAGGGACCACAGUUCGAAAGUUGGGCGGAACGCGUGGAAACGAUGUUCGUCGAAAGUUUAACCGAUAUCGAAAAGGUGAAAGCAUCAAUAUUUGACGUUCAACGAUCCGAAUGGCACGACGACAUUUUGAGGUUCCGAAUGCGGAUGAAGGACGUCGAGGUGGUAGUGGAGAAUCUGACCAACGCCGUCUUCGACGAAAUAGCAAACGUGGAGGAGGGGGUCGAAUCGCUGGCCGCUCUGCACAACUACACCAAAAGGAAGACGCUGUUUACUCUGUUUGAAGGCAAAACGUUGCAGGUAUACAAAAUGUUCAGGCAGGAAAUUCUUGAUGCAAAGUGGGACAUGCAGGCGGAAAAGGAGACUUAUCCCGCCGUUUUGCCCUAUUUCGCGGGCAGGGCUCAGAUGCUGCGAAUGAAGAAGAACCGUCUGGGCAUAUUGAAACUGAUGUUUGACGAGGCAACUUGGAUGAUGCCGUGCAGCAUCGAGAGGGAGGUUUUCGCGCAGUACGAAAAACUGGUUUCUUCGGUGGAUGACAAGGUGUUCAACCUCUACCGCAAAUGGAUCGACAGUGUCGGAGAAGACGUUAACUUGAGACUUCAGCGACCUCUGAUAUGCAGAAGUAUAUCCAGGCCCGGUCUAUUGGAAUGCAACAUAGACAGAUCGAUUUUGGAGAUUUUCCAAGAGGCGAAGUGCUGGGACAGCAUGAGCUUCGAGAUACCGACGUACGUCAAAACUCUGCACGCGAAGGCCGAUAACGUGCGAUUCAUAUACGAGUGCGUUUUGAACGUGGUUAUUGACUACAAUAAAAUCAUCACGUCCCUAUCUGAAGAGGAGAGAUUACUUUUUAAGCCGCUUAUAACGAACGUGGAGAAGAAAAUUGCACCAGGACUAAGCAAGCUCACCUGGAUCAGUGAAGUUGGAGAUGAGUACAUUUCCGAGUGCAGUCAUAUUACAGCCGAGUUGCAAGAGUUUGUCGACGACUACAAGCAGUGCAACCUUCAAAUUGUGAUGAUUUGCGAGAAGAUAUGCGAUACACCGUUGGUCGAUUUGGGCCAGUACGUUGCGUACGAGCUAGAAGAACUAGUAGAGGAACUAAGCGGUAACAUGGACCGCACUUUGAACACCUUGAUCGGAUACUACCACAAAAUGAUCGAAUUUUUGGUCUUGGUAUACGAAGGAUUCGAAGGCGUCAUGGGUGCGAUGGCCAACGAGUGGAUGCGCUACAUAAACAAUUUCGAUCGCUUGAUAGAGGAAGCGUUAAAGAUAUGCUGCAAGAACGCGCUCGUCUCGAUGUACGGAGCGUUGCACGGCGACGGGACCGCAGAUCCCGCGCCCCUGCUCAAGAUAGAGGUGAACCUCACAGAUAACAAGAUUAAUUUCAAUCCGGCCCUGGUGCAAGUGGCACGGAUCGUGGCGAACGUGCACAACACGCUGGUCGAGGCGGUUAAAUCGUUGCCACGCUUGAACGACAAGUUUCACGUCAGCGAUGCGGACAUCUACGUCCCGUAUUCGGAGUUGAUCGCGAAUGACGCCGAUUGCAAACGAAUCCAGCAACAACUGAACAACGAAGUUCGAGUGGCGGUCGAGAAGAUCAAAGAGUACAUCAAAAUCUGGGAGCCGUUUAGGGACCUGUGGGAAGUAGACAAGGACAGAUUCGUAGAACGUUACGAACGGGAAAAUCCCACAGCCUCCUUGUUCGACGCCAACAUCGGUCGGUACACCGAGCUGGCCAACAACGUUCAGAUUCAGGAGGCCGUGUCGGACGUGCACUUUUUGCAAAUCAACUGCGCCGAAUUGAAACGUUCCAUUAUCGAUCACUGUAUCGAAUGGCAGGCCAAACUUUGUCAGCUGCUCUACAGGAUGACUGAAAGGAAACUCGACGACGUUUACGAGUACAUAAACAGGAACACGAAAGAAAUUUUAAAGGAACCAGAAAAUUUGGAUCACAUGCAGUUCUCGCUGCAACUCUACGACCAGCUAAAGGCGGAAAUAGCGUUAGAAGAGGAGCAAUUUCCCCAAAUUAGCGAACGUAUCUACACCCUGGACAAGUACAACGUGGCGCUUCCGCAACCUCUUAGGACGAAACACAAAAACCUGCCGAAAGAGUGGGCCGAUUAUUUGGAGGUGCUCGAGCAUGCGGAAAAACUGCUGGACUAUUCGAAGGAACGUUUCAAAACCGGCCUGCUGGAGCAAGCGGAACUUUCCGUGCGGUUAGCCAGACAAAUAUUGGACGAAUUUAUGGCGAAAGGACCUUUCACUUCCGAUUGGUCCGUAGCUGACGGCCUCGCUUAUUUACAAAAAAUUCGAGCAGCUUUAAAGGACCUGAAAGAAAAAGACGAAAAGCUACGAAACGACUUGGCCAUAUUCGGGCUGAGCUACGACGAAUGCGUAGAAAUAUCCCGUUUGGAAUCUGAACUGGUGUCGUUGGAGCUGGUGUGGGAUCUGGCUGCCCAAUGGGACCGCGCCUGGAACAGCUACAAGACGGGAGAGUUUUGGAAAAUCGAAACGGGAGAAAUGGAGGAGACCGCGCAGACUUUAUUCCGAAAACUUAGCAAAGUGUCGAGGGAACUGCACGACAAAAAUUGGAAAAUCGUCGACGACGUCAAAUCGGAGGUCGACGCGUUCAGGCGGACGUUGCCGCUGAUCGGAAACUUGAAGAAUCCGGCAAUGAGACCCCGACACUGGGACAGGGUCCGGAAAACGGUCGGCAUCGAAUUCGACGAAACGUCGUCUCAGUUCAACCUCGAAACGAUUUACCGCAUGGAAAUACACAAAUUCGCCGACGAAAUAAACGAGAUUUCCAACGCGGCAACUAUGGAGCUGCAAAUCGAAAAAGGUUUGAAGUCGAUCGCGGACAUUUGGCGGGAAAUGAAAAUCGAAGUGGUCCCCUACAAAGACCGCGGCGUAUACAGGAUUAAAAGCGUUGAUGAAUGUUUGGCGAUGUUGGACGAUCACAUUUUGCAACUUUCGACGAUGAAGGGUACGCGGUUCGUCGAGCCGUUUAAGGAAAUGGUCGACUACUGGGAGAAAACGUUGUCGUAUGUUCUCGAGACGCUAGAGGUCGCGCUGCAAGUGCAACGCCAGUGGCUUUAUUUGGAGAAUAUCUUCUUCGGCGAGGACAUACGCAAACAAUUGCCUAGGGAAUCGGAAGACUUUGACCAACUGACCGAGGAAUGGCGCGACAUAUCGACGCGUCUCUAUUUCGCGAAGUCGGCCGUGAAAGCGGCCCAUUACAGGCCCGCGCCCCACCUCUACGACAAACUGACGCGGAUGAACGGCAAGUUGGAUCUGCUGCAGAGGGCGCUCGAGCGCUACCUCGAGACGAAACGCCACGUGUUUCCGCGUUUCUAUUUCGUCUCGAACGACGACAUGCUCGAGAUACUGGGAAAUUCGAAGAAACCGGAAGCGGUACAGCCGCACCUGAAGAAACUGUUCGAUAAUUUGGUCAGAAUUCGGAUACAGAAAAAUCCAGGGCUGAACAAGCAAGAGUCCGCGGGCAUGUAUUCCGAUGACGGCGAGUACGUCGAGUUCGUGAAGCCGGUCCUAUUGGACGGACCCGCGGAGAUGUGGCUCCUUCGGCUCGAGGAGGCGAUGCGAUUGAUUCUGAGGGUCAACUUCAAGCCAUGCCGCAGCGAAUUAAAGAAGAACCUCAACCGGAGGGACAAGUGGCUGCUGGCCAAUUGCGGACAACUCUGCAACGUCUGCAGUUUGAUACAAUGGACGACGGACUGUACCCGAGCAUUGGUUCACGCUAAAAUCACGGAGAGCAAGAAACCGCUGAAACGACUACGUAGGAAACAGAACCAAGUCUUGGCGAGGUUAUCAGAGCUAAGCAGAAAAGAGCUCACGAAACUGCAGAGGCUGAAGGCGAACGCUCUGAUCACGAUAGAGAUUCAUUCGCGAGAUGUUAUCGAUAAACUAUACAAAGCAAAUUGCAGGGACACGAACGCUUUCGAAUGGUUCUCCCAGCUCCGUUUCUACUGGGACAGGGAGAUGGACGAUUGCACCAUCAGACAAACCAACACGUCUUUCAGCUACGGCUACGAGUACAACGGCAACUCUGGCCGAUUGGUGAUCACGCCGCUGACCGAUAGGUGUUACAUCACACUGACCACAGCGCUCCACCUGUAUAGGGGCGGCAGCCCCAAGGGACCGGCCGGUACGGGCAAAACGGAAACCGUCAAGGACCUCGGCAAAGCGAUGGGGAUGUGGGUCAUUGUCAAUAAUUGCUCGGAAGGGUUGGACUAUAAGAGUAUGGGAAAGUGUUUUGCCGGCCUCGCGCAGACCGGCGCGUGGGGCUGUUUCGACGAAUUCAACCGGAUCAACAUCGAAGUGCUGUCGGUGGUGGCCCAACAGAUCCUCAGCAUUCUGCAGGCGCUCUCGCAACACCAACGCUUGUUCGUGUUCGAAUGUCGCGAAAUCCAUCUAAAACCGGGCGUAGGUAUUUUCAUCACCAUGAAUCCAGGAUACGCGGGCAGGACCGAACUUCCGGAUAAUUUGAAGUCGAUGUUUCGUCCGAUAUCGAUGAUGGUACCGGACAGCGCCAUCAUAGCCGAAAAUAUAUUGUUCAGCGACGGGUUUCAGAACACUAAAGUGUUAGCGAAGAAGGUGUUCACCCUGUACCAGCUGGCGGUCCAGCAACUGAGCAAACAGGAUCAUUACGACUUUGGUCUGAGGUCGAUGGUGGCGCUUCUCAGAUACGCCGGGCGCAAAAGACGUCAAAUGCCCACGAUUCCGGAGGACCAAGUGAUCUAUUUGGCAAUGCGCGAUAUGAACGUGGCGAGAUUCACGUCGGACGAUCUACCAUUGUUCAACGGAAUCAUGUCGGACAUUUUCCCGGGGGUGCAAAUACCGGCGGUCGACUACAUGGACAUAAAUACGGCGUUGACGGAAUACAUGGUAGAGAAUAAUUUGCAACCGAUCCCGAUCGCUUUGACCAAGGUCAUUCAACUGUACGAGACGAAAAAUUCGCGUCACGCGGUCAUGGUGCUGGGAAAAACGGGCACCGCGAAAAGUGUCACGUGGCAAUCGCUACGCGGUUGCGUGGGAAAACUGAGUCGACAAAACAAGCAUGGGUUCAACGAAGUGCGGGUAUAUCCGAUAAAUCCGAAAUCGUUGAAUCUCGGCGAGCUCUACGGGGAAUACAAUCUGAGCACGAACGAGUGGUUGGACGGGGUGAUAAGCGCUACCAUGAGAAAGGCGUGCUCUGCGGACACUCCCGAAGAGAAAUGGAUUCUGUUCGAUGGACCAGUUGACGCGGUGUGGAUCGAGAAUAUGAACAGCGUCAUGGACGACAAUAAAGUGUUAACGCUGAUCAACAGCGAACGAAUCACGAUGCCCGAGCAGGUUUCGCUACUAUUUGAAGUCGGAGACUUGUCGGUCGCCUCUCCGGCAACUGUCAGCAGGUGCGGGAUGGUAUACAACGAUUACAAGGAUUGGGGAUGGCGGCCGUACGUGCAAUCUUGGAUCGCUACGCAAACGUCAAAGGGCACACUGUACCAGGACCUUAUAAUGCGCCACUUCGACACCCAUCUAAACCCGGUUCUGGAUUUUAAGCGAGCCAACUGCGCCGAACCAAUCGAAUGCGGCGAACUGAACCUGGUGUCGGCCUUAUGCAAGAUGCUCAACGUGUUUACUACGAAAGAGAACCUGGCAAAUUCUGCUGACGAAGGCCGUUUUGAGGAAUCUGUGAAAAAUUGGUUCCUGUUUUGUAUGAUCUGGUCGAUAUGUUGCACCACGGACGAAACAGGCCGGGCGAAAUUCGACACCCUCAUAAGGGAAAAGGAGGGAGUAUUUCCCAUAAAGGACACCGUUUACGAGUAUUACGUGGACGUCCAGAAGAAUGCGUUCAGCCUCUGGGAAGACAAACUAGGAUAUGGCUGGAGCUACGAUCCAACGUGGCCGUUCUACAAAAUCCAAGUGCCAACUAUCGACACAGUCCGAUACAAGUACGUAGUGGACGCCCUGUUAGAAAAUGGCCACGCGGUGCUCUUGACGGGUCCGAUAGGCACCGGCAAGACUUCGACUGCGCACUCGGUACUAGAAUCGUUGCCCAUCGCCGACUACGCGGUUUUACACGUCAAUAUGUCGGCGCAGACGUCAUCCGCCAAUUUGCAGUCACUGAUCGAGAGUCGCGUAGAGAAACGCACGAAAGGUAGAUUCGCACCCAUAGGCGGCAAAACGCUGGUAACGUUCAUGGACGACCUUAACAUGCCCGCGAGGGAAACCUACGGCUCCCAGCCGCCACUGGAACUGCUUAGGCAAUGGAUUGAUUACGGAUUUUGGUACGACAGGCAGAAGCAAACUAAAAAAUACAUCGAGAAAAUGCACAUCUUGGCGGCCAUGGGCCCGCCGGGAGGCGGUCGGAACGUGAUCUCCGAUCGCCUACAGAGCCGCUUCAAUGUAGUCAACAUGACGUUUCCGGACGAAACGACCGUCGAGCGUAUCUACAGCGGCAUGCUGCAGCAGCAUCUCGCCGCGUUCGACGAGAGCGUCAAAUUGGUGGGAAACGCGGUUACCCAGACCACUAUCGAUUUGUACCAAAACGUCAGUUUGAAAAUGCUGCCGACCCCGAACAAAAUGCACUAUCUCUUUAACUUACGCGACAUAUCGAAAGUGUUUCAAGGUUUGCUGAGGAGCCAUAAGGAUUAUCAGAACGACCGAGCCUCGUUGCUCCGACUUUGGAUCCACGAGUGUUUCAGGGUGUUUUAUGACCGUUUGAUUGAUGAUAGCGAUCAAGAGUGGUUUUACAACGAAAUGAACGAGCAGCUCGGUAGACAUUUUGAUCUGACCCUGCACAGUCUUUGUCCGGAAAAAAAGAUACCGAUGUACGCAAGCUUCGUUAACCCGUGGGGUAUUUACGAGGAGCACCAAGAGACGGUCUCCCUUCGAAACUUCAUCGAGCAACAGUUGGAGGAGUACAACGCGUCACCCAACAUGGUGUCGAUGGAUCUCGUGUUAUUCAACGACGCUUUAGAACACAUCUGCAGGAUAGUGAGGGUUAUCUCCCAACCGAGAGGCAACGUGCUCUUAGUGGGGAUAGGUGGAAGUGGAAGACAAUCGCUCACGCGUAUCGCUUCGUACAUUUGCGAAUACGGUACGUUUGAAAUUUCGGCGACACGUAGUUAUAAGGAAACCGACUUCCGUGAAGACCUGAAACGACUCUACGAACUGACGGGAAUCGCCAAUAAAGCUGUCUCGUUCGUGUUCAACGAUAGCCAGGUGACAGAUGAAAUUUUCUUGGAAAUCGUCAACAACAUGCUCAGCAGCGGCGAGGUUUCGAAUCUCUACAAAACUGAUGAGUUCGAGGAGGUAAAAAGCAAGCUGGAAUCUGCGGUGGCGCGAGCGGCCAUAUUGCCCACCAACGAGGCCAUCUACGAUUUUUUGGUAACGAGGGUUAGGGCGAACCUUCAUAUUGUUUUGUGCAUGAGCCCGAUCGGAGAGGCUUUCAGAAACCGUUUAAGGCAAAAUCCCGCUUUGAUCAAUUGCACCACGAUCGAUUGGUUCCACGAAUGGCCGAGGGAGGCAUUGCUGGAGGUGGCGCUCCGUUUCGUACACGGCGUGGAUUUCGUACAGAAAAUAACCGGCCAGGAUCAGAAACUCAGAAGACGAGAAACCCUUCUGAUCUCGGCGCAAGAUAGACUGUCGCUGGCUGCGGCGGAAGCGUUCGCGAGCAUGCACGCCUCUGUCGUUCACUACUCGAAACUCAUGCUGCACGAGUUGAAACGUCACAACUACGUCACGCCGACCAACUAUCUCGAAUUGGUAUCGGGAUACAAAAGAAUGUUGGCGUCCAAGAGGGAGGAGGUGUCGUCGCAGGCAAACAAGCUGCGCAACGGCCUGUGGAAGAUAGACGAUACCAAGGAGAAGGUGACGACGAUGUCGGUGGAGUUGGCCGAGGCGCAGAAGAAGGUGGCCGAAUUCCAACAACAAUGCGACGAGUAUUUGAUUAUUAUAGUGGCGCAGAGGAAAGAAGCUGACGAACACCAAAAAGAAGUGGCUAAAAAGAGCUUGAAAAUCGGCGAAGAAGAGAUUCAGUGCAAGAAGAUGGCGGACGUUGCCCAAGCCGAUUUGGACGAAGCGAUGCCGGCGCUAGAGGAGGCCAUCAAAGCACUCGACGCGCUCAGCAAGAAGGACAUCAGCGAGCUGAAAUCGUACACCACUCCCCCGCAAAGGGUCAAACUGGUGAUGGAAGCGGUCAACAUACUUAAAGGAGUGGAACCCACUUGGACGGAGGCCAAGCGACUGCUGGGCGAGAUAAACUUUUUGAGAGACUUGAAGGAGUUCGACAGGGACCACAUAAGCGACAAAACGCUGAGGAAGAUCACAGCGUACACGCUGAACGAGGAAUUCGUACCCGAGAAAGUGGGCGUGGUUUCGUUCGCGGCAAAAUCGCUGUGCCUUUGGGUUAUCGCGAUCGAGAAAUACGCGAGAGUUUGGAAAGUAGUGGCACCGAAAAAAGCGAAACUGGAAGAGGCCGUUAAAUCGUUGAAGGAGAAGCAAAUGCUGUUGGCGGAGGCCCAAGCGAAAUUGGCCGAGCUCAACGCGUACAUCCAACGGCUGCAGAAGGAGUACCAAGAGAAACUCGAGCAAAAGGAGGAACUGAACAGAAAGGCGGAACUGCUCAAAAUCAAGUUGGAAAGGGCCGCCCUCUUGGUGGAAUGUUUAUCAGACGAGAGGCAGCGGUGGGAGGAAAGUGUGGUCGAGCUGGAUGCGCGAUUUUAUUUCUUGCCGGGUGACUGUAUGCUCGCCACCGGUUUCGUGUCGUACCUGGGACCCUUCGUCAGCGGUUAUAGGGCGCGUAUGGUCGAAAUGUGGCAACAAGAGGUUACCGAAUUGGAAAUACCCGCCAGUCGGGACUUUAACGUUACCAGUUUCUUGAGCGACCCUACGACGAUCAGGGAGUGGAACAUCCAGGGUUUACCGGCCGACAACUUCAGCACCGAAAACGGUAUAAUAGUCACGCGGGGUUCGCGCUGGCCCUUAAUCAUCGAUCCCCAGGGUCAGGCCCAAAAAUGGAUCAAGGCCAUGGAAAAGAACAACAAUCUGCAGGUGGUAGAUUUUGGUGUCCCGGGCUUCAUGGGCAUAAUCGAGAGAGCGAUUCAGUAUGGACAGCCGGUGCUGCUCCAGAAUAUUCUCGAGGUCAUAGAUCCGGCGGUGAACCCGAUACUGGCCAAAGCCGUGGUGAAACAUGGCGGCGAAACGAUGAUAAAACUCGACGAUAAGUUUGUUUCGUACCACGAAGAGUUCCGUUUUUUCAUCACCACCAAACUGACCAACCCGCAUUACGCCCCCGAAGUGUCAACCAGAACCACCAUUGUUAAUUUCGCGGUCAAAGAGGAAGGCCUCGAGGCUCAACUCUUGGGCAUCGUGGUCAGGAAAGAGAAGCCCCACCUCGAGGAGCAGAAGGAUAGUUUAGUCUUGGCCAUUGCUACAGGCAAACGAACCUUGAUCGAUUUGGAAAACGAACUGCUACGAUUACUGUACGAAACCAGGGGGUCGCUGCUAGAAGACGCUGAACUGUUCAACACCCUACAAAACUCGAAAGCGACCUCGUUGUCGGUGCAGAAAAGUUUGGAGGUGUCCGAGAAGACGGAAGUUCAAAUAGAUACCGCCAGAGAAGGAUACAGGGCGUGUGCGAAAAGGGCGUCAAUUUUGUUUUUCGUUUUAAAUGACAUGGGCAAUAUUGAUCCGAUGUAUCAGUUCGCAUUGGACGCCUACAUAUUCUUAUUCGUAAAGUCGAUCACGAAAAGCACCAAAUCGCCCAUUUUGCACGAAAGGAUCGCAACUCUAAACGAAUACCACACGUACGCCGUCUACAAGAACACUUGCCGCGCCUUGUUCGAACGCCACAAGCUCUUGUUUUCGUUCCAUAUGUGCGUGAAAAUUCUGAGGGCGAAGGGCAAAAUCGUGCCGGCCGAGUACAAUUUCCUGCUGCAAGGCGGCGUGGUACUCGACAGGGAGAACCAAAUGGAAAAUCCGUGUUCGACGUGGUUGAACGAACUUGCCUGGGAUAACGUCACCGAGCUGGACAAGCUCCAGGGUUUCCACGGGGUCAUCGACAGUUUCGAACAGUACCCUCGCGAUUGGUACAAUUGGUACACGCACACCGAACCGGAAACGUUGCCGUUGAUCGGCGAAUGGGACGGGAUCUGCAACGAAUUCCAGAAAAUGUUGUUCGUGCGAUGCCUGCGGCAAGACCGAAUGUCGUUUUGUCUGUCGAAUUUCAUCGUGAACCAGUUGGGUCCGCAAUUUAUCGAACCGCCGGUGUUGGACGUUAAGGCGGUGUUGGAGGAGUCUGUGGCGCAAACGCCGCUCAUUUUCGUCUUGUCUCCCGGCGUCGAUCCCACUUCUAGCCUGCUCCACUUGGCCGAAACGUCAAAGAUGAGCGCCAAGUUUCAGACCCUCAGUUUGGGCCAAGGUCAAGCUCCAAUCGCCACCAAACUUUUACAGACUGGCGCCAGGGAAGGCAUGUGGGUAUUUCUGGCCAAUUGUCAUUUGUCGCUGAGCUGGAUGCCGAAGCUUGACAAGAUCGUGGAAAUCCUGCAAACCGGCAAGGUGCACCCACAAUUUAGACUGUGGCUUAGUUCCAGUCCGCAUCCGGACUUUCCCAUUUCGAUUCUACAGGCUGGCAUUAAAAUGACGACCGAACCACCCAAAGGUUUGAAGGCGAACUUGAAGCGGAUGUACCAGCUGGUGACGCAGGAAAGGUUCACGGCUUGCCGGUACCCGGAAAAAUACAAGAAGCUCCUGUUUGCUCUCUGCUUUUUCCAUUCGAUUCUGCUUGAGCGGAAAAAAUUUCAACAGCUCGGGUGGAACGUCGUCUACAGUUUUAACGAUUCGGAUUUUGAGGUAUCCGAAAAUUUGCUGACGAUUUAUUUGAACGAGUACCCCCGCGAAACCCCCUGGGACGCCCUGAAAUACUUAGUGGCGGGAGUCAGCUACGGCGGCCACGUCACCGACGACUGGGACAGGCGACUGCUGACCACCUACAUCAACCAAUUUUUUUGCGACGACGCGCUGAACGUCGCCUACUUUAGGUUGUCUAGCCUGAGUACGUAUUAUAUACCGAGGGACGGCUCGCUGCAGGCGUAUCAGGAUUACAUCACGCUCCUGCCGAACGUCGACAGGCCAGAAGCCUUCGGGCAGCAUCCGAACGCGGACAUAACCUCGCAGAUCAAUGAAUCUCGUCUGUUGUUUGAAACUCUGAUGUCGCUGCAAGUCCAGAGUUUUGCCGGAGCAGCAGAAUCACAAGAAGAAAUUGUCUCCAAACUAGCCGCCGACGUGCUCACAAAAUUACCGACUCCCAUCGAUUACGAAACCACCGAGAAGUUGAUCGGUCGAAACAAGUCGCCAUUGGACGUGGUACUGUUGCAAGAAAUCCAAAGGUGCAAUAUAACGCCGGGAAGUGUUGUGGGUCAACUAUUUCCAAGAAAUCUUUGCGACAGGUACAACUCGCUGCUCGACCUCAUUAGUACAUCCUUGGUGGAUCUGGAAAGGGGCAUAAAGGGUUUGGUGGUGAUGUCUUCGGACCUGGAGGAGAUUUUCAAUUGCAUUUACGAGGGCAGGGUGCCAUCCGGAUGGUUAAGAGCAUAUCCAUCGCUAAAACUCCUCGGCUCUUGGACUCGGGACUUGAUAGCCAGGGUGGAACAUUUUACUGCAUGGGCGGAAACGACCCGGGCUCCCAUGUUGUUCUGGUUGGCCGCCUACAUGUUCCCGACCGGAUUCCUAACGGCAGUCCUGCAGACAGCAGCCCGUCAAAAUGAAGUCCCAAUCGAUACACUCAACUGGGAAUUUGAAGUGCUCGCAGUGGACGAGGCACAAAUACAACAACCUCCUGAAUCUGGCGUGUACGUUCGAGGCACAUACUUGGAGGGUGCCGGUUGGGAUAGGAAGAAUGGGGUUUUGAUUGAGCCCCAACCCAUGCAACUAGUCUCGCCGAUGCCUCUGAUUCACUUUAAACCCGUAGAGCAGGCGAAAAAGAGAACGAAAGGAUUAUACUUGUGUCCCUGUUACUACUUUCCAAUUAGGACAGGUUCCGACAAUCGUCCCGCCUACGUCGUGGCCGUUGACUUGAGGUGUGGUGCAGAGGGGGUCGAUUUUUGGAUAAAGAGAGGCACUGCAUUAUUACUAAGUUUAGCUAAUUGAUAUGUUGAUAUCUGAAUAUAAAUUUUAAACAUUUGCGUGAUGUAUUCCUUCCGCGUUUUGAGACCACGGCUCAAAGUCGACAAAUAAGGAAGUACCAUCAAUUCGGUACCAAAAUGUAAC